UCAAAGGGGGAGCCCAUGUAGGUCGAUAUGUAGGCCUAUUCUCACACAUUUGUAGGCUAAUCGAAAUUGUAUAUCUCUAAAUAUCCACCAGCAGUUGCCAGGGAAAAUGAAACGACCUUGUAGGCUAUGGUAGACUAAUAAUACCGGAAUGUUAUAGUUAUGAUACUGGAAGUUAUAUGACAGCGCCAUUGCAAUGUAACAUAUUGCAUAAAUCAUACACUUAUGUACGUCAUGCCAGUCUUAUAGUUUUAGUCAUACCGAGUUUUCUCCUAUGAUUACGGCCGCUAUGGUCGCCUCCACACCCCUUAGUAAAAUAAACGGUUAAACUACAAACCAAUUGCACAUAACUGAAGCGGAGACGCGCAGCCAAUCACCUUCGCAGCUUGAAAGUGAAAUUCAAGUCUUGCUUGCCAAAUUUGCCCAAGAAAUAGAGAACCGACCAGUUAGUCAGGUCAUUGUCAUCGCGCCGAGACCGCUAAUCAGAUGGAGAGGUCCAGAACCUUCCACAUCGACGCGCUCCUGGCCACCGAACCAUCGAAGGCGACUAACCCGAAACGGUCCCUUUCUGCUUCUGGAAAUCGGUCCAUUUUUGAAUCUAUUAACAGCACCGGUAGAUUCUGCAAAACGACUCCACUGAGGAUUUCCUCCUGCGCCUCCAUCCCAAAACCGGGGUGUUUAAGUACGCAGUACCCAAUCCUUGAAUUGCAUACACCCAUCUCGGCGGGCCUCUUCCCCCGGUACCUCUACGGCCACCAGAUCUACACCCAUUCAGCGGCUUCUUACGGUUACCUCCCCGUCCUGCAGUCUUACACCUUUCCGCAAGUCGCCCACCGGCAUCGCCUAAGCCAACCUGUCACGUUUCCUUCGGAAAGUUUUCAGCUGGACCACUGGCUCCGUUUUUCCGCGGCAGAGACGAUUGUUCCCAGAAUAGCAGGCUUGGCAUAUCAGACACAACCUCAUUUACUUGGGAAAUGCCGAAGACCAAGAACGGCGUUCACGAGAGAGCAGCUGUUGGAGCUCGAAAAUCACUUCCGAUUUAAUCAAUAUCUCUCCAGACCGAAACGAGUUGAACUGGCCACGUCAUUGAUGCUUACAGAAACACAGAUCAAAAUAUGGUUUCAGAACAGGCGCAUGAAGUGGAAACGAAGUAAGAAAGACCAAAAACAAGCAUCAGAAAAUGUUGAAGAACAAAAAAUAGACAAGAAUGGUGUGGGUUGAUUUUAACAGAAAAACCAGACUGUCUGACUUAAUUGAUGACGACGGAGGUUUCCCGUGUGACUAUUGAAAUUGUUCAUCAGAAGAUGAAUUGGAUUAUGGCGUGAUAUCAGCCCACGGCCAUGCGAGCGCGAGGCUGUGUAAUGAAAACAUCUUGGUAAAUCCGUCGACAGAUGAUCUUUUCUUAAUAUCAGUAGCUGACAAGUUGUGUCAUGCUUGCAAACUCUACUGGAAAAUGUACAUUUAACAUGUAAAAUGACUGUUUUUGUAUGUCGCAUUUUGUGUAGUUCAUAAGGGCACCUUGAGUUAUUUACGUAUAUUUCUUACACGUUGCAUAUGCCUAAUAAAAAUAAAAAAGGGUAGAAAAGCCUUAGCUAAUCGAUGAUGAUGAUGAUGAUGAUGACGAUGAUGAAUUACUAAUAGACAUGCAUAACAAUGUAUAAACAAUAUGGAUAUGUAUAACCGUAAUAUUGUUAUAUAUAGCAUAUAACUACUGUGAAAACAAAUCAGCACGUUCGGACAGUAUAGGGAAGAAGGUGCCCUUGAUUCAAACUCCAGCAUAAGACACAAUUACCUACAGCUAUAUGGUGCAACUGGCAGACCCUUGAGGGUACAGCCCUAGUGACAAGGAAAGGUACAAAUUGGUACUCUUUUUUCUGACAGGUAUAUUAUGGGUAAAUGGGUCAAUGUCAUGGUUAAUUCUGAUGAACAUUUUGAUCAAAAUGCAAUUGUACCUGGUAAUUUUUAAACGUAGUCUACAUAUUUUUUCCCAUUCAAAACAUUUUGCCACGAACACAUUUGAUUGACGAUACCUGUAUGAGCAACGUAGAGACGCCACUUAACCGUGUUGUAUAUAACAACGAAACCGGAGUAUCUCAGUUGAACCUCGCGGGGAGACUAUGUUGCCCGAUGAACUAGAGGUAUGUCGCAAGAGUGGUAUUCACUGAUCACAUUAUUAUACUUGAACGAGCGCCA